CCACCACCACCACCACCCCCACCACUUGUUUUCCUCACACUCUUUGCAUGUGUCUCUGCCAUGUGGUUGACCGUCCCUCUCUCUGGCCUCUGCAGUAUGUGCGCUACAUGGAGAAGAAGACGCUGUGGUGUGCCUACUGGGUUGGCCUGGGUAUCCUGUCCUCGGUGGGUCUUGGCACCGGCCUGCACACGUUCCUCCUUUACCUGGGACCACACAUAGCAUCAGUGACCUUGGCGGCCUAUGAAUGUGGCUCAGUGGAUUUCCCCGAGCCACCUUAUCCGGACCAAAUUGUCUGUCCCCAGCAGGAAGCACCCACACCAGGCUCUGAUGCUGAGCAGGUGGGCGUGGAGGCCUCAGGGGUGGACAGGUUGGUGGGGUCAGCAGCCCUCCAGGGAAGCAUCUCUCUCUGGACCAUCAUCUCCAAAGUCCGCCUCGAAGCUUGCAUGUGGGGUGCAGGUACAGCUAUAGGAGAGCUUCCUCCCUACUUCAUGGCCCGGGCUGCGCGGCUGUCCGGCGCUGACCCCGACGACGAGGACUACCAGAGAUUUGAGGAGAUGCUUGAUCAGACCCAAUCUGCUCAGGACUUUGCCACUCGUGCAAAAGUAGCAGUGCAGAAACUCAUCCAGAGGGUCGGAUUCUUAGGGAUUUUAGCCUGUGCUUCUAUUCCAAAUCCCUUGUUUGACCUGGCAGGAAUAACAUGUGGACAUUUUUUGGUCCCCUUCUGGACCUUUUUUGGUGCGACACUCAUUGGGAAAGCCGUCAUUAAAAUGCACAUUCAGAAACUGUUUGUGAUCGUCACCUUCAGCAGACACAUAGUGGAGCAGAUGGUCUCCCUCAUCGGGAGGAGAGCUGGCUGUCGUGGCUCUUUGAGAAGGUUGUGGUCAUCAUGGUAUGCUUCUUUGUCUGCUCCAUUGUCAACUCCAUGGCCCAGAGCUACGCCAAGCGCAAGCAGCAGGGGAAGUACUCGGAGGGCAAGACAGAGUGAAGGCCAGCUAGCGAUCACGGCGAACCAUCAACUUCCAAAGCUCCCACCACUCCUCUACUAAUUUCUGCUCUCACUCCUGGCUGAUGCCCCACCAUUAUCUGAAGCAAAAUAUCAGCCUCCAUCUGGUUUCUCUUUUUUUAUUGUAGCAACCUGUUUAUGUUAAAACUCGGACUUCCAUUUACUUGCUUUUGAAGGCUUUGCAUUUGGUAGUGAUUUCCGUGAUUGUUCUCUGUAAGGUAGGUGCUUGUUGGGGUGCGUGUGAGUAAGCUGUUGUGUUGUUAAGUGCCUGUGUUGGUGCUUUUAGCAGCUCCUGAGCACGUGAGAAGAAGCUGCUGGCAAUAAUUCUUCUCAGUUAGGCCUUAAGCUUCAUUGUUUGUUCCACUAGAGGAACUUUAAAGUCUGAAUGUCCAUAGAUGACCAUAGAGUCACUUGAAUUUAACUUAUUUGAAUAAGCUAAGAUUGUUACUUUUGAUUAUGAGGUGUGUUCUGUAAAACCAGCGCAAAGUAAUUUGUUCAAUAACCUAUUUAUUGAUUAUCUAUGUUUUCCAGAUUAUUAAUAAGACAUUCUGUAUUUAUUACUGUACUGUAGAGUUGCUGUGCAGUAUUGGCUUCGGUAGAUAAGACAUGUACAUGGUCUGUAAAUAAUUGUGUCCACUUAAGAGCCAUCUCAUUUCUACAUAUUGUAGAAGUCAGUUGUAGUAGAGAUGUUAAUGAAUGUUUCAUGCUGUUCAUGGUGCUUUAGAUGACCACUUCUUUUGUCUGUGCCGUAAAGCCCAUCUUGGUACUUUUGGAUGAGAAAUGAUAAAUCGGCCAUGAAUCACCCUGCUGGUCCCUUUGUCUGCCCUUAUUGUUCUGCUUCCAGGAAGAGAGCACAUGAGUCAGCCCGGGGCUACUUUACCAGAUGCAGCCAUAUAAUGAAUCAGGUCUACGGCUGUGUUUGCGCGUGCCUGUGUGUGAGACAGAGAGCGAGACAGAGAUAGUAGGUUGCUCUAGUGUGGCUGCCACAUUUGUUGCUCUCCCUUUUAUCUUUUAUGGAUUAAAGCAGAUUGUGCUCCACUAAUAGACUAGGAGUCUGCCUGGGAGUCUUAGUAUAGCAGAUAGCUGUUCCCUUUAACUUAGAGACAGUCUGUGUCAUGGUAAGUGUUUUCCUUUGUCUUCACUUGUCCACAGAGCUUUUUUUUAAAAUCAUUUUUACCCCAGAUGAGGACAGCAAGCUCAUGUUGGACAUUACAUGGCCAGCUCCUAAAACAAAACUCUGCAUUUCAUAUGAUCAGCGUUCAUUUUUGUGCCUUUUUUUGCUCAUCGGAUAACGUCAGCUGGCUCUCGACACAUGCCGUACCUUCUCUUUUUUUCAUAAUUGCCAGUGAAAUGUGCUAUUUUCUUCUCCCUCUCUGUACCGCUGCUGUGCUACGCUGGACUGAGCACAGUGGGCGCUAGAGCAGGCACAAGCAGGAGGGAGAAAAAAAACCCUCAAGCGCACAGUGAAAAGCGUCUGUGCCGUUACCUCAGCUGAACCUUCGAAUGAACUCGUUGCACUGCCCCAGUCACGGAGCCAGGAGACGAAUCACUCGAGUAGAUUCAAAACAGAGGGGUACUGUUGAGCAGGCUGAACCCUGCGCUCUGCACCAGCUCUAGUCAGAACAUUCACAUCUCCUCUUUUCUCCUGUCAUGGUAAGUCCGAUUAGGAUGCUUUUUCUUUUUUUUCUUUUUUUUUUCAUUGUUGUCGUGUCCGUACAUGCGUACGUCUCAGGCAUGUCCGUCACUCUCUCGGCCUGUCAGAUAGCUUAUCAGACUGGUGUUGGCUGUUAAGAUUGCAAGGCGACAACAGUCUGUAGGCUGUCUGACAUUUCGGGCUCUUUCAUCUGACCAGCAUCCUGUUUUGUCCUCCUUCUGUUAUUGUCAUUGUCUCAGUUAGCAUCAGUUCCCAUUUAGAGGCGUGUGCUGCGAUGUCACUUCUCUUUAUCCCAACCGCUUGUGAAACGUCAGACAUGGGUCUAUUGUUUAUUUCCUCCAUGCUGACGUCUCUGAGGGUUUUUAUGUGGUUUUAUGUGGGGAACUGUGUUCUCGCAUGUUUGCAAAUGCAGAUGUAGUGAUGUCAGUAGUAUACUUCUGUACGUGUGUGUGUGUGUGUGUGUGUGUGUGAGAGAGAGAGAGAAAGAGAGAGUUGGCCCUGUCCCCUUGAAUUUCCAGAGAAUCCAGAUAGUACACACCUUAUUGCAACACAUAACAUUGUGACAUCCUGUCCUAGGUAUGGUACACACAGUGCUCACCCAGCUCUCCCCUUCCCUUUUACACUUCCUUCUUCUCUUUUUAGUACUUUCUUCUGUUGCUCAAUACACACUUUUUUUGUAGGAGGCUGCAUUUUAUUGGAACAACUCUCUUGAGGGGGUGUUUUUCUAAGGGCCACAAAUUGGUAAUUAUACAAAGCUGAAAAUCAUUGCUUGACCAGUGGAUACUUUUGCCGCAAAGCCUCAGUUUUAUUUUAGAUUCUUCUUCUUUUUUUCUAGAACAGAGCAAAAGGGUAAAACUUUUUCCUGGUCAUAAAAGCAAAAUCAUUGGAUAACACUGGAAUGGCUCGCUGGCGUGCAGAGUGUUUUUCUUGGCAGUUUCAGGAUGUCCUGUUUCAUAAGGGAGCCCCCUUUUGGCAUGCCUGUCUGAAUGUGUGUGUGCAUGUUUGUCUAGAAAUUCUGUUUAUAUUUCUAUGUGUAAGUGCCUGUAUUUCUGGUUUAAUAGAUGUCUGUACCUGGGUUAUUUAAAAUGUGUAUACACUGUUUUCUUUCCAUCUGCUUUCACUAUAAAUAAAGUCUGCUAAAAAAGAC